UGCAUCACCCGUUGCAGUGCAAAAGGAUCGCUGUUGCUGCGAAGGGCUAUGCAGCGCAGUGUGAACUUCGGCAUGUGUGACACUUGUGACAUCGCUGUUUCGCUAUCUUCAACGUUCUGAACCAGCGCCACUGUAUUCCCUUCUCCAGGCCUCCAAUUUUCUUUUCUUUUUUCCUAUACUAGACGUCAAGCAUAUCUGCCAUCUUACAUCAACUCCCAAUGAAGCCGUCUCACUCGCUUCUGCUUUCCUGUCUCCUGACCAUUGCGCUGGCUCAGGCCUCCAGCGCUUGGGAAAGACCGCAUCUGGUUCGUCAGGCAACCACCAGCGGUCAAGGGACAGAAGCAACAACGACAACAGUGGCGACUGGUACAACAACGACCGGAGGACAGCAGACCACCACAACGCAACAGCAGCAGACAACAACUUCCCCCACUACCACCACCCAACAGACGACGACACAAGAACAGACAACAACGACCCAGCAGACGACGACGUCGACAACCAAUCAGCAGCAGACAACGACAACGACGUCGGAAAAUACUAGCACCACUGGAACCACUACCGCCCAAGCGACUACGACCAACCAACAAACCACCACUCAAAACAAUGCCCAGUCCACGCAGACUGCCGAGGUUCAGACAACCGAGUCUGUAUCCACUAAUAAUGCUGGUGAAGCAGUUACAAUAACGAUUACCAGUACCAACACCAAAGGUAGUCAAAGCGAGACGGCCUCUUCCAGUAGUGCGUCCAGCAGCAGCAGCGGCAGCAGCAGCAGCACUAGUUCUAGUAGCAGCUCUGGAGUUAGCACUGGGACAAUUAUUGGUCUGUCUGUUGCGGGUGGGGUGGCGCUCUUGGGCAUCAUAGGCUUCAUUGCGUGGAAGUUGACGAGAAAACGGUUCUCCGACUUUGACGAUAGCGAGGCUAUCAAAUGGCCAGAGCUUAAUGCUCACGGCUCCGAUGGUGGUGAUUCGCAUCCUCUCCCUGUUCACAGCACCGGUCGAGCUGGCUUCGACACCGGUUCUGAAGUUUCCUUGUCUCGUGCCCCUUCCACCUCCACCAAUAACUUCUCUACACCAGAUCUUACUCACAAUGAUCCCUAUGCCGUACCUCCUCUCCCUCACUUGAAUCCCAAUCAACCCAUCCCGUACCGUGAUGAUCCAAAUGCCAACGCAUACUAUGACCCAUAUCGUGGGCCUGUGCCAAAUACAUUCAAUGAUGCACCCCCUGGGUCUGAAUGGUCGCAAGGCGAGGCCAUUCCCAUGACGCAGAUGACCGGUGCUGGCAGAAUGAGUCCAGGGCCUGGGUUGGCCUACGCGGACACUGGUCGAGCAUCUCCUACGCUUGCAGGACGUGCUAGUCCGGGUCCAUCGGCAGCGCUGCGCACCAAGUCUCCUGCACCAACGUACGGAAGGGCAUCUCCAGGUCCCCAAGCCGCUUUUGAUCCUUAUGCUGCCCGGUAGUGGGCCCUUUUUCAUGUUGCGGGAAACGAAUGAUACGACUAUAGAUGACUUAAUUCCAGCAUAGGAUAGGGCGGAAUUGAGCUUGGAUGAGGCCGACACAUUCAGUGGGAGGAUUUAUUUAUGUUCUGCCUUGCUUUGGACUGAGCAUUCCAUUACAUAGUGUCUUGUUUUCCCUCACCACUUACCAUACCCAAACAUCUCCCAGAUUGCAUUUUUCACGCUUAUACACACAAUCAUCACCUCCCAUCGUUUGCAUACAAAAGGUUGCCGUAUACCUAUCAUAUCCUUUUUCAGACCUAUUCGUGCUGGUACUGAUAGUUCAUCUGGACGAAGGUGGUAGAGUUACCCUCUGUUCCUUUAUAUCAUCUUAUCAUCUUAUCUCGUUUUCCGCGUUUUGCAUCUAAUAUUUCUUGUCUCGAUUUCCCGCUUACGCAUGUACGAAUACGGACCAAAU